AAAUAUACUUUACAGAGAGUUAGCCACAAAGGAGGUCGUCCACUCUGGCUGCAGUUGCUGCUGCUACCGAGUACAGAGCAACGAACCCUGUUGAACCCCGUGACAUCAGCCCGCAUAUACACACGUACACACACACACAUACACACACACACCUACCCACACACACCUACCCACACACAUAUACCCACACACAUAUACCCACACACAUAUACCCACACACACACACCUACCCACACACGUACCCCCACACACACCUACCCACACACACACACCUACCCACACACACACACCUACCCACACACAUACCGUCGAGAUGGACGGUGACGAGUUCAACAUACUGCUCGCCACCGAUUCAUACAAGGUGUCGCACUACCGGCAGUUUCCUCCCAACGUCACCAAGGUGUACUCAUACUUCGAGUGCCGGGGGAGAGGUCAUGUCAGCAGCCAAGCAGAGCCCCACAAGUUCACCGAGUCGGUCUUCUUCGGGCUACAGUACACGCUGAAGAAGUACCUCUGCGGUCAGGUGGUGACAAGGGAGAAGAUCCAGCAGGCCAAGGAGAUCUACCAGCAGCACUUCCAGCAGGACAUCUUCAACGAGGAUGGAUGGAAUUACAUCUUGGAGGAGCAUGAAGGGCGGCUGCCGGUUCGGAUUAAGGCGGUGCCGGAGGGAACCGUGGUGCCGCUGGGGAACGUGCUAUUCACCGUGGAAAGCACCGACCCCAAGUGUUUCUGGAUCAUCGGGUGGCUCGAGACCAUCCUGGUACAGACAUGGUACCCCAUCACCGUGGCGACGAGCUCGCGGGCGCAGAAGCAGCUGCUGGCGCGCUACUUGUGGCGGACGGGCGGCAGCCGCGCCCUGCUCGAGCGCCAGCUGCAGGACUUUGGGUACCGCGGGGUCUCUUCCCAGGAGACAGCGGCUAUCGGCGGCGCGGCGCACCUCGUCAACUUCAGAGGCAGCGACACCAUGGCCGGCGUGAUGCUGCUGCGCCGCUACUACGGCUGCCCCAUGGCCGGACACUCCAUCCCCGCCGCCGAACACAGCACGGUGACGGCGUGGGGGCGUGAGCGGGAGGGCGCGGCGUUCCGCCACCUGCUGCAGCAGUUCCCGUCGGGCGCCGUGUCCGUGGUGAGCGACAGCUACGACAUCUUCCACGCGUGCCGCGAGCUCUGGGGCCGCGAGCUGCGGACACUCGUGGAGGAGCGCAGCCUGGUCGGGGGGCAGCUCCUCAUCCGCCCUGACUCGGGUGACCCUGCCGACACCGUGCUCAAGGUGUUGAACAUCCUGGGCAAGGCGUUUGGCACGAUGGUGAACGAGAAGGGCUACAAGAUGCUGCCGGAUUGCCUCCGCAUCAUCCAGGGCGACGGCAUCGACAUCAGCUCCCUCAAGCGGGUUCUGGACGCGGUGGAGAAUGCCGGCUGGAGUGCUGCGAACCUGUACUUUGGGAGCGGCGGUUCCCUGCUGCAGAAAGUCAACCGUGACACCCUCAACUGCUGCUUCAAGUGCAGCUACGCCGAGUUCGACGGACAAGGGGUCGAUGUUUACAAGCAGCCAGUGACAGACCCCAGCAAGUGCUCCAAGCGGGGACAGCUGUCCCUGCAGAAGACCAUCGAUGGGCAGCUGGUGACCGUGGAGGGCGGCAAGGGAGAUCAGGACACGGAUCUGCUGAGAAUCGUGUUUGAGGAUGGACAGCUUCUCCGGGACUUCUCUCUCGAGGAAAUCCGGGUGAACGCCGCCCUCCGAGAGGAAGAUUUUUCUCCCGACCCCAACCCCGACGUCAUCCUCCAAUGAAUAACCGUCGUCGACUCUCGGUUAUCUGGGGCAACAGCGGUGGCCAGGAUAAAACGACAAAAAAGAAUACCCAAACUCGGGUAUUGCAAAAGCGGCGUAAGGCACGUGAUCUAAACAACCGUACCAGCGGGUUAUCCGGGGAUUGUAGCCCCGACGGAACGAAAAUGCGGAGAUUUGCGGAACCCGGAGAUUUGCAGAACGCGAAGAGAGUGCGCGGUUGUCCGGGUCGGCCUGCGCGUCGAGAAUUUCUCCCCCUCAAGCCUUCGCCACGUGGCAGCGCAGUGGCACUGCAACUCCUGCAUACACCCGCCGUAAUGCCCGUGGCACCCGUGGCAAUGCCCGUGGUAGUGUGCUUGGCACAAGCUAGACACACGAAAUGCUCAACUCGUGGAUUGCAGGCAGCCGUGGCGAUCAACUUGGUACGCUCAUUCGAAACAAGCGAUUAAGAUAAGUCUCUGAAACAUUUCUAGCAUCGUGGUCCAAAUUUCCAAUUUCCAACAUUUUAUAAAUGUACUCAAUCGGUAAAAGCCAGAUGAGCAACAUUGGCCUGGCUAUUCAAACCUAACUAAACUAAACUUUUUAUUUUACCAGGUAAGCCCCACUGAACUAUAUAGCUGGUCACAAAUUAUACCUCACUCGAAGUGGCGUAUCAUGUGGAAAUGUAAAGCAGCCAAAUACCCUGAACGCACGUUAAUUCUAAAUUUGGAGGGAAAAACCUGAGGAUCCGGAGAAAAAUCCAUGCGACCACGGGGAGAGAAAGAAUACGCAAACUCAAAAUAUGAGGGCAUUGUCCGGGUCGGGAUUGAGCCCACGACCUUCUGCAUACCAGGCGAGGUAGUUCACAUCUCGCCAUUUGCUGGCCGAUGCUGCAUCCAGCUUGCACUGCACAUGGUGGACGGCUGCCACCGGGGGUUCCCCCCUCGGCUGGACUGCCACAAGAUGCCUGGAGGUGUCCUGCAUGGAGAGCGCGGUACAAAUGCUAAGUGACGACAAUGGUGAUUACCCCCGUAGAAGGGGGGUGACGAUGUAGAAUGUGCCAUCGAUUAAAGUAUUUGGUUUACGUGCUCCGACGUACCUGCGGUCACGAGUGCACAGAGUCACUCGCCCCUGGCAAAUGAGGAGCACCUGAUAAAUAGAAGCGGUGCCACGCGUUGAAAAAAAAAGACUUCGCUAUUUCUUCACAAACGCGGUUGAUUAACCCUCAACCAGGAUAACUACGGAUAGUCACGAGUUAGACGUACAAAAUGUGACAACGUUAACGUUUUUAUUAUCAUAAUCAUGAUUACGAUUGCUUGUGUGUUUUAAAUUUCUUUUGAAGGUAUUUCCGGGAAAUCUUUUUUAAAGCUCAAAUGUUGCGAACCUCAUUUUAAUGUGCUUGUGUACGUGUGCGCCCGCACAUCAAUUAGCAAUGCAACGCUUCAUCAAAACUUCGAUGGAGAGACUUGCGCUGGCGAUACGUGCGGCGAAUCGCUCAUCCAGGAGACGGUUAUUAAAAAUCUUUGCAAGUUAUCAUCAUCACGAGGGUGCUGCCGCGGUGAUGCAACAGACAGCAACACUGGACUCGCAAUCCAGUGGGUCAACGGUUUGAUCUCCAGGCGUGGCAGUUGAAACAACGUUGCAAAUUUUUUUCUUAAAUUCACCCCCCCCCCCCCCCCUCUCUGCGCCUCUGUCCACCCAGUGGUAUGGAUAUGUGCAUCGUGGUCGAUUGGCAGGUUACGCGUGGUGUGUGGGUCAAGUGUGUGGGUGCUCACACCUCUUUUAGAUGUCUGGGCCCAAUGUGGGCGAGUUGGCCAGAAACCUCCCUAGUGGAGGCCCUACGACCAACAGUGGCGUGAGCGAGCCUUGACCUUUUGCCUCUGUCUAUAAGCACACAAGUUAAACGGACCUCUUAUCGUUUACUUUGGAAACAUGGUUUAGAGCAAAGCAUCUCAGGGAAAGGAAUUGCAUGGAGAUUAUGAACUAUACAUACUAUUAAACUUUUUUUUAUUGUAAGUGUGGAGUAAUUUGAUUGAAAUCGGCUGUACGUGUACGCACGCGCGCGCGUCGACCGACUUUGGAAUCGCGCCAGGUCGGUCGGCGCUUCAACCGGGGGUCGUGCAACGCCGGAGAUCGACCCAGCGACAGCUGCGGGACAAACUCGGGCUGCCCCCCCCCAACCCUCCUCCCGACAUCGCGUUGCCAUAAUUUCAAUCGGCUCAAGUUUGACUGAUACUUUGGGGGUGGAGCCAGAAUUGCACCGUUGCCAACACAGUAAAACGUGCAACGUUGGGCUAACGAUGGCAUAUUCUUGCAUCCGUUGGUGGAGCAUAAACCGCCAUUAUCACGCGGGACUUCGGUCAUCCUCGCAGCAGCG